AGACAGACAGAGAGAGAGAGAGACAGAGACAGAGAGAGACAGAGACAGAGACAGACAGAGACAGUGACAGAGAGACAGACAGAGAGAGAGAGAGACAGAGACAGCGACAGAGGGAGAGAGGUGUUGGCUGUGGUGUGCCAUAUUGACAUGGUACAUUUGGGUGAGAAGGUGUUGCUGUCUGUUGACCGUCUGUGACAAGGUCAGCUGUCCGACCCUGCAAAAUUCUUUACUUUCAGCAGUUGCCAUGGCGCCGGUGGGAGAGUUCAUGGAGUCAUGGGCAGUGUCAGUGUCGAAAUCAUUCUCUAUAGAGGUCGUUGUUUUCUCUCUGCUCUUCCUCCUCCUCUCCAUCAUCCUCCUGGCCCUCUGCACUGUCUGUGGAAGGCAAUCCUUUGAGCUUCAGGACGGUGGUGGGGAGGUGGGGGCCACCCAGUCACAGCUGAUGAGAGUGGUAAAGUUGGAGGACGCCCUGGCCGCCAGGGAGAACCCCAUGAUCAAUGACAUCAGAAAAAGCGAGAGAGAUUUCAGUCACAUACCUGAAGAACGUGUCCCAGAGCAGCUUCCUGCUGAGCAGGAUGGCAUCAGGUUCAAACCCGAUCACCAAGGUGAUUCUCUAGGUGCCUUGCAGAUGGCCAACGGAACCCCUGUGGCCAUGAUGACAAUAUCUCCCCCCCCCCCCCCCACCACCGUCGACAUCGGUGACCUGAGGGACGUCCUGAACUUCACACCCGAGCUCCACUCUAUACCAGCCCCGAUAUCCAUGGUGGGAGAUGACAGCCCCCUCGAGUCCGUACCCCCACCUGUCUAUUCAGGGGACACCCUGGAAACACCCAUCAUGAAUGUUCUUCACACCCUGGUGCUGGAUGCUCCCAUCGUGGAUCCCCUCAUCAUAGACACCCUUGCAUCUGUGGAUGCCCCCAUUGUGAACAGCCUUGAACCUGUCGACAUCCACAUUGUGAAUGACACUGACCCCCUCAAUAUCCCCAUCGUGAACGACCUUGACCUCCUGGAGGCCCCUGCAGAAUUCAGCUCUAACUUUAUCGGUCAGCUUGAAGAAGAUGGUCAGGUGGAGGGUGAGGACCAGGGGCCUUCCCUGGGGGUCCGACCCGAGCACACCUAUGAGAUCUUUGGUGAGCUCACACCUGAUGAUCCCUCUGUGGAAGUGGACCUGACAACCCCAGGCUAUCAAACCAUAGCUGAACUGGUCAACAAAUCAACCACACAGCAUGACGAUGACACAACCAUGGUCACAAUGCCAUCGGACCUGGCAAGCCCAGACUAUGAGAUCAUAGCUGAACUGGUCCAGAAAUUGAGCGCAACCACACUGCCUGACAAUGAGCCAAAAAAAACUACAGGCACAGACCCGGGGGAGGGGCUUGACCUGACAAGCCCUCUCUCAUUUGUGGAGGAGGUAGAGGAUGGUUUGAGUGACAGGGGCUGGAAUCCAAUGUAUGCCAGAGUGAGCAGGAAGCUUAGUAAGUGCCCCACCCCACCCCCUGUGCCUCCGCCAGAGGAAGAGGAGGAAUAUUUACCUCCAAUACCGGAAAGAAGAGGAGAGAUGGAGGAAUGAUCAUUGUAGAAUAUCCCUUCAGACUUUUAAAAAGCACCGCAAAUGUGUUUUAUGUACUCAAUGCUAUUUGAAUGUAUAUGCAGUGCAUUCGGAAAGUAUUCAGACCCCUUGACUUUUUGACUUUAUCAACAUUUGUUACAUUACAGCUUUAUUCUAAAAUGGAUUAAAUUGUUUUUUUCCCCCUCCUCAAUCUACACACAUUACCCCAUAAUGACAAAGCGAAAUCAGG